ACUAGUUUCCUUGGGUUCAGGGAUAGGGAAAAGCAUGAAGCUUUUAAAGACAAUGUAUGAUCGCGUGCCCCAACACCUAGCCUCUCUGGCAGGGUCCCAGACCCUGCGCUCAGCUUCAGAGUGCGCCUGCGCCACGCCGUGGUUGCCAGGAAACCGCCGAGCCGCGGUUGUUGCCGGUGGGUCGUGGAUUUAAAAUGGCCAAAUUCGUGCUUGCGGGUAGAGCAGAUUGCCCAUAUUAUGCUAAAGCAGAACUCCUAGCAGACUACUUACAAAAGAAUCUUCCUGAUUUUCGGGUACAUAAAAUUACACAGCAUCCUCAGGUUUGGGAGGAGUGGUUAAAAGAUCUGUGUGAAAAGAAUAAGUGGAAUCACAAAAAGUCCCCCAUCAUUUGGAGAGAGCUGUUGGAUCGUGGAGGAAAGGGGUUGCUUUUGGGAGGAUAUAAUGAAUUCCUGGAAUAUGCCCAGCUUUACUAUGGUGUCACCUCUAGCAUGACCACUGAGCUGAUGAAGUUAAUUGCCCAAGAGAACCUGGAGACACAUAAGGAGAAAGAACUGGAGGAAGAAACCAGGAAAGACCUCAUCCAGCCUUUGCAGGUUUGGAUCACCAGUGCAUCUGGUCGUGUCUGCUACAACCUAAUUCCCAUCUUGACAAGUGGCGAAGUAUUUGGAAUGCACACGGAAAUUAGCCUGAAUCUACUUGGCAAUAAGCAGGCAGAAGAAGAUCUCCACAUUAUCAUGACAGAGAUGCGGGACCUGGUGGCCCCCUUGCUCCGGAGCAUCUCCAUCUGCACCCAAGUGGAGGACGCCUUCCGCCAGGCCCACGUGAUCAUCAUCCUGGAUGAGAACACUGACGGGGAGGUGUACAGUCUAGAGGACUGCAUUCGAAGCCGGCUUCCUCCGUGUAGGCUCUAUGGAUACCUGAUCGAGAAAAAUGCUCACGAUUCUGUCAGAGUUAUUGUGGGAGGAAAAACAUUUGUGAAUCUUAAAACAUUUCUGCUUAUGAGAUACGCCCCAAAUGUGGCCCACAACAUCAUCGCCGUGGCACUGGGUGUGGAAGGCCAAGCUAGAGCUGCACUGGCCAGAAAACUAAGAACAACCCCCUCGUGCAUCAAAAAUGUGAUAGUUUGGGGUAAUAUUAGUGGAAACAACUACAUCGAUCUGAGAAAAGCCAGGAUUUACAGAUAUGAGAGUGCUAUUUGGGGACCUCCUAACUAUUCACGCCCUGUUUUGAGCUUGAUUUUUGAUAGUGAGUGGGUAAACAGACAAUACGUAGAAACUCUUAAAAAGCUGACAGCCACAGGAAAACAAUUUGGAGCCAUCUUAGCUGCGCACAGUAUAGCUACUACAUUGAAAUACUGGUACCAUGGCUCGCCGCCUGGGGAGAUCGUGUCUUUAGGAGUACUAAGUGAAGGCCAGUUUGGUAUUCCUGAAGGGAUCGUCUUUUCUAUGCCUGUAAAAUUUGAGAAUGGAACUUGGGUAGCUCUUACAGAUCUCAAAGAUAUUGAAAUCAGUGAACCAAUAAUGACCAGAAUGACAAGUGAUCUCAUUCAGGAGAAACUUGUUGCACUUGGAGAUUUGAUCAGUUUUCAGCCCUAUCAAUCAGCAGUGAAUCUUUUAGAUCUGACUCCUCAACCCACUUCUGAAAAGCCUUUUGGUCAAGAAGCCAUAAAUGAUUCUGAAGACAAAAGUGUGGAAGAGCAACAAACAAAUUAGACCAACCAUAAAGAUAUUUGGUGUUGUAGUACAUAUGGAAAGACCCAUGAGUGCCUGUAUCUAGGGAAGAAUAGUUUAAAAGAUUGGCUUCUACCUUAGAUAAUGUUAUGCUAGACAAUAAUAGUGACAGUGCACACACAAAAAAGUGAGUUCAAUCAUUUUGGGUUACCUGAAUCCACUCACAGUUUUGCUUAUUGUCCUAUUUUCUCAUAUAGUUUGGUGUCAAUUGUCUUUUUUUUUUUUUAAACUACAUUAAAAACAAUGGUCAGUCAAUGCAUCCUUGCCUGAACAUGCUUCUAAGAGAGCCUCCUUCCCCCCCAGAGGCCAUGCCUAAGGCAGGGACAAGAAUGGCCAUCUUUGCUCAGCUGUUCUCACCCCCUUGGUUUCAACUGAUUGGGCUAGAAUGAACACACCUUACUCGAGGGGAACCAUUCAGAUUUAGAUUUAGAUUUCUCUCAUGGUGUCAAACAACUGGCACUGAGAAAAAUGACUGAGUAAAUUGGUAUCUGGAUCAUGGUAAAGGCAGUGACUUAGAAAGAGCCAUACAGUAUUGCUGUGAGGUCUUCAGAGCUGGUCAGAUUCACCAGUUUCAUAAAGUCUGGCUGUGUAUUCUUUCUUCUAGGAUUUACUUGGGAUAAUUAUCUUUAUAAUAAAUCAUGCUUUUACUUUAGCUCAGAUGGAAUAGGUUUCUGUUUCUUGACACCAGAUGUGGCCUGAAUAAAUGGAUUUUUCAAAGGAAAGCAUAAUAUUUUUACCAUAUAAUUAUAUAGUUUAAGUAAAAAUUAUAGUGUUUAUUAAAGUAGUAGUAGUCAAACCAAUAUGUUCAUAUAUUUUCAAGCUAAUAGAAUGUUUUACAAAUGCCAAUUAGGAACUUUUGAGAGCCCAGGAGUUGCUUUAAAAACUGCUGAUCUCUGUACUUUCUCUGUAGUUUAAAUAGCGUUCACAGUACAAAUUACUUUCUGAAAAUUCAGGAAAUUUUCAGAUGCUCCUUCCUUGCUUCUGCACCAUUAUGGUUCAAAACUGUGACUAACUUGCUUGUUUCCAAAGUCAGGACCCCAUUUGAUGUUAUUGUAAAGAAAACUUAGUAUCUGUCGGUGUUAAGGACUUUGGGUAAGGUUUUGUGACCUGAUCCUACCAUUUCCCCUGCCUCUGCUUGUGGUAUCCUCAAGGGAGUAUGGCCACAGAGAGCAUUAACUGGAUGGAAGUCAGUGGUGCUCUACACAUCGCUGGGCAGGUGGUGGUCACUCCUCCACAUAUAGGGCUUCUCUAUGGUAAAACUGAGCUAGAUUAGAAAAUGUGACUCAGACCAAGAAACCCAAGCAAAGCUUCUUGUUUCUUCCCCCUUGAAUCCAGUAUGCCAAUCAUGUACCAGCAGAAACCAGAUGGCAAAGCCAGAAUAGAGAAUAUAACUAUGAAGAUCCACCACCUUUCGAGGCAGUGGCCCUGCCCUUUAGUGAUCUACUUUCCAGUGGGGGGAGCCCUGACCAUUCAGAUAGUUAGCAGCUUCUCUAGGUAGACAUCUAGAAGGGGCUAGAGAGAGGGGCAGUUUCUCCUUUGUAGAGACAUUGUAGGAAACAUUCAGCCCCAGCAGGCUUUUUUUCCAGCAUGAAUAUGAGCUAUUGUAUGUUUGAACCCUACAGGAUGACCAGGAUACUCUAGGAUAAAUUCCCAUAGGAGCACACAACAAAUUGAUAUUAAUCAUUACACAUAGUAUCACACACUUGUCUCAAUAUAAAAUAUGGAAUUACACCAAAAGGAAAGUAUUAGUGAUUGCUAUUUGUUUAAAAAUAAUGCUGGUACCAUUUCAGAAACAUCUAUCAGAGAGUUUUGUUUUGUUUCAGCUAAUGCACUAGUUGUCAUAACAGCCAGGUGUGAAUAACAGACCAAACUGGGAAAUUUCAAGUCCAGUCUUCCUAUUAGAAAUAACUUUAAUUUGAGGUUAUUAAAAAUAAUUUCUCUCUAUUAUUACAACUGUCAUGAUAAAGGCAUGAGGGCAAAAUAUUCAUAGAAAAUUUAGAUUACUCAGAUAGAAGCAGUAUGCGAAUAAAGUAAUUACUGAUCACAGAAAUAUACGCUAAGUGUCUAUGUCCUUAUAACUAUAGCAAGCACUGUUACUUGCUCUCCCGACAGCGCUGUCCCAUUACCCUAACAGAACUCUGAUUUUAUUAGGAUGUACAAUAGGCCCAAAC